AUGCCACCCAAGAGGCCCCCUCUCGAGCCCGUCUACGAGGACGACCCGCCAGUAGCGGAGGACCUGCUUCGGCAGAUGACAGCUCUCUGCGCUUUAUUGUCGCAGCAGCUCCCCAGCAGCACGUCCGCCGCCCAGCCGUCCUCGGAACCCCCGCUACGCCUGAACCUGACGAUACCGACAUUUUCGGGCUACAGCGACGCCAAGUCCGUCGAAGAUUUUCUCGCGGACCUGGAGGCUUACCAGACAGCCGUGGGAGCAACCGACGAAGCCGUCCUGCGCCGGAUACUACCCGCUGCAUUGGUAAGCUCAGCUGCUGUGUGGCGCCGGUCUCAACCCGCAUUUCCGUCUAUGACCGAAUUUCAGCGGCUGUUUCGGGAGGAAUUUUUGCCCCCGGAUUAUGCAAUGCGUAUGCGCGAGGAACUCAUGACUCGAACGCAGCACGCGGAGGAGAGCCUGUUGGAAUAUACCCGGGCAAUCCAAGAGCUGUACCGCAGAGCUGAACCGCUCGCGACGGAAAGCGAGAAGGUGGCCCGCGCUAUUCGCCAAUGUCACCCUCGUUUUAAGCCUUAUUUUCGGGGGCGAAGGUUUUCUUCGCUCGAUGACCUCGCUAAAGAAGCCCAUGUCAUCCAAGCAGAUUUGUUGGCGGAAUUGCAGUACCGCCCGCCGCCUAGGCCGGAACAAACGCUGGAGCCUAGCUGCGCAUGGAACGGGCCGAGACAGUCGUUAGACGCGGAGCUAAACCCCCGUGGGACUGUUGGAACACACGGCGGUUCGUCCGCCGGGCCAGUUUACCGUUCUUUGGAUCCCUUUGCAUAUGAGCAAAGGAACCGAGCGAGGUCGGCACGAGCAGAGCCGCGCGAGCGCGAAGUCGGUGAUGCACGUCAUGCACCACGGCAGGACAGGCGCGACUCUAGAGCAACAGACCACUACUACCCCCAGACAACCCCCGCAGGGAAACCCGGGACGCCGGCGGCGGUAAUUGGGAAUGACUCAGUUCUGUCGUCGACUGCUGAAAAUGUCGAUAAGAAGCAAGCGAAUUCUAACCAUGCUAUCUUGUCUGAUAACGUAUUGGCCUUGGUCCCGCUCGCAUGUCGAGCGCAGGAUGACAUAUGCAGCAUCGGACCGUUUAUCGUGGCGCGCGUUCUGAGUAAGGACGUUGCGGCUUUGGUGGACACUGGAGCGGCUGUAUCCCUGAUAGGUGACACCAUCCACGAUUGGUGCCGGGAGCGGAACAUUUCCGUACGGACGACCAGGACCUGCCUACGGCCCGCAUCAGAUGCAGUGGUACCAGCCGGAGGAGCAGUACGUCUCACUUUGACCGUCGACGGACAACGUGUCAGACAACGCUUCAUCUACCUGCCCGGAUUGGCGGGACUGAUGAUCCUGGGACGCGACUUCAUUAUCCGGAUGGGACUCGUCCUGGACUUACGUCGCGGAGGCUACCAGCAUGCAAGCGGUACUACCUUCUACCCCUUCAUGGAGUGGACGACGCCGGAAACGGAGCAGAACCGGACUGGUGAGGAGACCCAGGAUCCCGGAGCUGGACAAUCUACGUCCGUUGAGCUAUUUUCCGGAGCAGAACACCUAACAGCGACGGUCGUACCCGCUGUUUUGGAGGAUGUCCUGAAACGAUUUCCAGGAAGCCCAGACCAGCGACGCAUGCUCGCUAAAGCAUUGCGGCCAUUCUCCUGUAUGUUCACAGAGAGACCAGGUCUAACCCAUGCAUUGGAGCACCGGAUAGAAAUCGGCGACGCAAGGCCCUGGCGAUGUAAUCCUCGGCCUUUGAGUGUGCAUAAGCGCAAGCUCCUCGAUGCUGCGCUGGAUGAAAUGAUCGAGACCGGUGCUGUGAGACCUUCUCGCAGCCCUUGGGCUUUUCCGGUGGUUCUUGCGCCGAAAAAGGAUGGAACCGCAAGGUUGUGCGUGGAUUACCGCCGACUGAACGAGGUGACGGUAAGAGAUUCGUACCCUUUUCCCUCGAUAGACUCGAUCAUGUAUUCGUUGGGAUCCGCCCACGUGUUUACAACUUUGGACUGCAGUAGAGGAUUCCUGCAGAUUCCGAUAGCACCGGAUGAUGUUGAGAAAACAGCAUUUACCUGUCACAGGGGAUUAUUUGAAUUUGUCCGACUGCCCUUUGGACUGUCUAAUUCUCCCGCUAGCUUUCAGCGAGUGAUGGACGAGGUGCUCAGCGAUGCGAAAUACAAUUUCGCUAUGGCGUACAUGGAUGACGUAGUAAUUUUUUCACGUACAUUCCAGGAACACCUUUCUCAUUUGAAAGUGGUGUUAGAACGCAUGCAAGCUGCAUGA